UUCAAAAAAUUUUGCAAAGUAAUUAUUACAAAAAAAAAAACAACAAAAACGUAAAAGAAAACCAACAAAAUUCACUUGAAAUGCUGUUUUGAAGAAUGCCCCUAAAUGUCUUCCGGAAUUAAUUGUCGUGAAAUUUUCGUAUUUUUGGAAAUUUUGAUUUGGAAUCAAACAAAACAGAGAAAUCGACAAAACAAUGAGCAUAACAACAACAACAACAACAACAACAGCAUUGCCAACAAUCACAGCAGCAGCAACAGCAACACUCACAACAACAACAACAACAGCAGUAGCAGCAAGAAGAAGAGCAGCAACAACAACAACAACAACAACUUAAAAAUCACAGCAACCAAAUCGCAGUGAAAGUGCUAAAUCAACAACAACAACAACAAGCGACAGCUCACCAUUUUGCAAGUGCUGAAAAAGCCGCUGAAAAGGGAAGCAGCAAAUUCAUAAACGACAAAAAUUCAAAGCAGCAACAAAAUUGCUAUAAAAAAAGUUAAAUAUAUAUAUAACAUUUCUAAAAUAAAUAUAUACGCGAACAAGUGUCUUAUUACAUAGUUAAAUAGUUUACAAC